AUGGCGUAUUGGAACGACCAGGACCAAAGAGGUCCAGCCAGCGCGCACGAGCGAGCAUCACAAAUGCCUAUUCUUCGCGCCACCUCCCCACCGUCUCAAGCGGACAAGCAGGAUAGCGAGGAAACCGCCAGUGCCAUGGACACCUCGUCCUUCUUGCGAGGGUCUCAAGUUGGGGGCGCUGGCCCUUACGCCCUACGACGAAACAUCACCCUUACCUCCAAAUCUCCGGAAACUGUUCGAAAGUCGAGAACAAGGCGCCUGGAUCAGUCUCGUGAAUCAGGUCAUGCGGAAUCGGAGGAGGACACCCUCCUCAUGACCCCGACUGCUCCUCGACCUGCUACGAGACGCCCAUUAGCCGUCAACGACGGUGUUUUCCUCAGUUCCUCCUCCAAUGCUGUCCCGCAGGCUCCUAAGAAACGGAGCUCACGACCUACACAAACCAAGACGACCAAAAUCGUUGCCUCUCUCGUCGGAAGCUCGCAUACCAAUGUCCACCUAUCCAACCAGCCCUCCGGAACCUCCGUAGGCAACCAUGAACCUUCGCUGCCGCCGUCACAGGGGUCUUCGCUGGGUCCUCCCCCGCCUCUAACAAUCUUCCAACGCUCCCAGAUAUACUCGCGCCCCGCAGACAACCCUCCUAACGGCUACGUGACAAAGGAAAACGACAGCAUUUGCCUUCCUCCACCGGCUCACAGCACCUCCUCCACCAGGGUCGAUGUAGCAUCCAAGCCGUACCACCUCUCGUCGGCUGGGCACUUGGGCAGCUAUGGAUUGCAGACCCCUCCCCAGUACCGACCCCUCCCAAAAGUUAAUCAUCCACCCCGUCCUCCUUCCGCUGGUCCGGCAUCCGUUUUGGAGGGCGACUCUUUUGCCCCUGUCCAUAGCCCUCCCCGCAAGGAGAACCCCGCCUGGAGUACAGCCCAACUCUCAGAUGCGCUAUUCCCCACACCAUCUCCCCUCGUGCAGACCCAGCUGCAGAAAAAGAAGGUCCCUACCUUCCAUCGCCAACGAUCAGUCCCGCUCCCCUCAGAACAGUCCCACCUUGGGGACAAUACAAAUAGAGCAACAAGUGUCCCUCCAGCGGGGUGCGAUGACGAGGCGUCCGCAGCCCAUCACCGGGACCUGGUUGCGAAACUCAAAUCAAUACCGCGAACCCCCGAUUCCACGAAGGGUGCAGGAUCCACGGUCCCAACCAAUCCUCAGCUCGCUGGAACCUCCCGCCUGACGUUGACACCUAUACAUGAAGACCUUGGCCCUGGUGAGGGUGACCUACAUGACAGGAACGAGGAGGAACGUGACGAGAAACGGACGCAGCAGUUGGACGGGGAGUUGGGCGGCGAGACUUUCGAGAAUGAGGCACAAAUGGAGGGUUGGAAUGAGCAGGCAGUAGCAUGGGAUAACCAGAUGGAUAUGGAACAUGAGGGGCAGCGACCGCAUGCGAUAUCACCUCCAGGACAAGAUUUGACAGCUCUUGACGGCCAAAACCAAGCUCUGCGCCAGUCGAUGCCGGGGACGAUGGGGCGGCCUACUGGGAACCAGGCUCGCAUCAUGCAACAGGGUUUCGACCGCAUCGAGGAACAAUUCGCUUCGCUCGCCGCUGAGCUGGGGUAUCCGGUGAACAGAGUGAAGAAUGUUUGGACCCAGAGGUUCAGGAUGCUCACGACCAAACCGAGAGGUGGUAACGGCGUCAACCACUACAAUCUUUAUGGUCAACUCUGGGGGAAUCCGGACAAGAAACAGAGGGAAAUCAAUAGGGCCCUCGAACACCGUGCCACCCUAACUGAAAAAGAGAAGACGGGGCUCGAAAAGGAACCCACCAGGUCCGAAUGCUACUCAGUCUACCGGCUGCACCAUCAGGAAGAACUCUGGAAGGAAAUCCUCCAGCUCGAGGUGGCUGAAUUGGAAUGCAAAGAGCGGGAAACAGUGACUUUGCAAACCCGGAAAAUCAACUUCGAAUCCACCAAAGCAUCUCUCUGUAACCUCAUGGAUAACGCCUCACGCCUUCACGAGUUCGAAGCAGUUCUCAUCCUGUCAGGAUCGCACCAUUCCGAUAAGAACCUUGUCUACGUCUACGAAACAGCGGGUGCCCAGGGAUUUGUGGAGGAUAGGCUGAGAACGACCCCCAGCAACCUUGGCAUCAGACUCCAAGUGCAUGCAAGUGAUGCCCUCGAGAAGAAGAAACCAUUCACCCUCUUCGAUGAUGAGCUCAAGAAGCCUGAUGAUACAUUUAACCCGGAGGGAGAGCAGAGUGGGAUGGGUGGAAUAGCAAGUUCAAAAGGGGUCGCAGCCACCGGAAAAGGUGGAAAACCGGGGAAGCCUUCGAAGAGGAAGACCGAGGAGGAGGAGGAGGACGACGACGACGACGUCGAUACCUCCUCCAAAUCUAUCAGUGACGAGGUCUUCGCUCAGAUGGGUUCUAAGGAAUUGCACGCCGUUAUCAAGGACCAUCUAUCGUCGGAGAUCUGUAAGCUGCCUGAAUUCGCACGCGAGAAGCCAUGGAAGGUUCUACAUUGGAGGAGGUUGCCGACAUACCUUGCCAAACGAGGUCUCACCUUGACGAAAUGGAAUCCACGCGCUAAAGUGCCGGUUAAUACGGACCAGACGGGGAAGGGCAUCCGAGAGGCUGGCGCGGAGUGCUCCAGGUUCCUGGCUAACGAUGUACGCCAUGGUCGGGGACUGAAGCCAGUGAAAUCCAACAGUGCCGAUAUACGCACCUCGGUGCUGCCCGUUAUCGUCUUUCGUCCGCCCAGGAUUGCCUCUCGCCCUGCCGCUCGAGGUACAAGAGUUUUUCUUGACGGCUCAGUCGAUCAGCUUGGUCCCUGUUCCUUGGAUAGCGACGACUACAUAGGCCCCCCUCGCACUGCCAUCACCACACCCAAGACGUCUGUCGCCGCGGCUUCUGCGACCGCGAAGCCCAAACCAGCCAAAGGGAAACCUCCAACCUCUUCUGAAGUCCCCAAAGAGAAAGCGGCGGCGAGAAAGGGUACCAAGCGGGCCAAGUCCGAUAAAGCCCCAGCCAAGAAGAAGUCAAACACUAAACAAAAAGGUGCCUCUAAAGCCGCCUCGAGCUCAAAACACACCGCGAAGAUGCCUGCAAAGCGAAAGCAAGUCGGCGGCGGAGGGGAUGCAGCGGACGGCUCAUCCUCAUCGGUUGAGUCCACGGACUCUGAGGACACCGAAUCAGGCAUCGACCUUCCUCGACGCACUACUCGAAAUGGUGGACGCCGGUACAAGUCCAACCUGUUCGUCAGCACCUCUGACGACGAAAGUUCAGCAUCCGACUCCGACGACGAUGACUACGAAGCAAGUGUCGGCGGCGUAGUCAAGGCCACAACGCGCAAGGAUCACGUUUCAGAUGGAUCAGAUGUGGACGAGCAGGACGACGAGGACCAAGUCCUCGUACAAGCAGAGGAAGGCCGGGCAGGGAUGGGUGGGAUGGGACCCGCACAGAUCGCACCCCAGACGCAAUCGUCUCUGGCCCUGAAAACGACUCUCACCGCGCCAUCGACGGGCCCCAAGCCGUCCCCCAUCGUGACUCCGUCUCCAUCAACGCUGGCGGACGGGCUGCGCCCCUGCGCUGUCACGUCUGUACCCUGCGCUCCUCCGAAGCGUCCAGCCGAGGGAAGACCAGAAGGAGAGACCAAUGCCAAGAAACCUCGGGGUGGCACCAAUGUGGCCCCAGCUGUCCAGGUGUUGCCCCCUGUUCCACCCUCUCAAGACGACAGUAGCCCUCAAGGAUCGCGCACCGGGGCUAGCGACGCCCCUCCACUUCCCUCUCAUCCACCCCGUGACCUCAACAGUUCAAAUAGCUUUCCUUCAGGACCAUGGGGAUCGUCGGCUUCCUUCCCAGAAUCGGGGGAGGGUAGGCCCUUCAAAGGAACCACCACCGUGUCUCAGGGGCAGCUACCUCCUGGUCCUCCUCCUUUACCUCAUCCCUCUCAUCUUUCCCAAGUAUCGCAGCAUUCUCAUCAUCCGGUUCGCGUGCCUCAUCACCACCGUCAUCCACAUCAAGCUGCUUACUCCCUUCCUAACCAGAACGGUCAGUUAAGUCUACCCCAGCCGCCGCCUCACGUUUACUCCGAUUGGGGUCCACCUCAGCAGCAGCAGAGAAACCAGGAGGCCUGGCUCCAAGCGUCAUACGGGCAGCACUGGGAUGGUUCGCAGCCGUAUCCCCCCCCUCAGGAUACAUAUUCCGAUGCACAAUGGCACUACAAUGGGACGCAAGCACCAGCUAAUGCCGCGUCAACUCAACGCCCGACAAUGCAAGAAUACGUGGACACUCGAUAUCCUCCUUCCUACACACCAAACAACUACCCGCCUUCCUACCAGUCCGAAUUUGGCCACCAGCCCGCUCCGUACAACCCGCAAUGCUACGACCAGUUUAAUUCCGGCUACAGUCGACAAUCCGAGACCACCUAUAUGAGCACUCGACCCCAUGGGCAACACCCCCCAUCGGGGGUGCAAGGCCGCUAG